AUGGAAGCGCACCAGCCCGACAACGUGCCGGCGCAGGCGCCUGUUGCAAAUCAACCGGUCGACCUUAACCGGACACCGAGUCCUAACCCGAUGCUUUCCUUACUAAUGGACCAACUUGAAGAGGCAAACAGGGACCUCGAAAUUUUGGAGAGUAGACCCCCCACCACUCCAGCCGAAGUUCGGGCCAACUUAGAGGAAGUGAGGGUUUUAGGGGAGCGCAUUGACAAAAUUAUUGAGCGAAUCAAUGAAUGCCGGGCCCUGGAUGAGGUUAGACGAGAGGAAGAUGCCCAAGAACGAGCGGAAGUCGAGGCUCAGGCUCAACGGGUCGACCCAACUAUACGGGGCCGCUUCGAGGAGACCCAAGCUCGAAUACAGGCCUUCCGAGAAAGACUUCCCAUUCUCCAACAAGAGAAUUGGGAGCAAUUCAACCGGGAUCGGGGGAGACAUAGGGGAAAGAUAGCAUGUCACAAGAGCGAGGCGAGGUCUGGAACCCUACUGCGAGAGGGACGCCUCGUGAGCCGGGCUUCUAGAGAUGAGGCCUUUUGGCGAAGCCAAGUCAAUUUCGGGCCACCAAACCCUGCAACUGAUGAGAAGGCCCUAUGGAGUAAAGGGAAGCGUGUACGUUGUCACACUCCCGGCCUUCCAAAGGUGCCUAGAGGACGGGCCAGACGCAGCAGAGCGACAACCCGGGAGCGGAUUCCCCACCGGCAGGGGGGCAGGAGACGGCCAUCUCGAGGCACAUCACAACCUACAGGCAAGAUCGGCGAGACCUGGGAAGGCAACCCAACCCGAUUGAGAGUCAGAGGAUCCAUAGUACCUGCAGCCCCACAGACUUCAUAUUCAACAUUUUUUAAAGCGGGGGGAAGGGAUCUCUUUUCUGCAAUGGAAAAAAAGGAGCAGAUUUGA